ACGUCAUCCAUGGGUGUCAGGUGACAAAACAGGAACAGAAGGACUUCCCGGACCUCCCGGGACCACAGCGGCUUCAAAACGAGUCGACAGCAGAAUUUUAAUUUGAAACAAUCAGCGCGAAGGAAGUAUGGAGGAUGAUGAACUUCCGUCAGCGGAUGGGAUGGGUGGGUGUGGCUCUCUACCUGCUCUUCAGCAUCGCUGCGGUGUAUUACGUCUUUGAGGUUCACAGCUUCAGUUUGGAGCACGUGCAGAAAGGUGGGCCCAGCCCCUCGGCUCCGCCUCUCACCAACAGCUGGUCUCAGAGCAUCAGCUCUCGCCUGCCACCACUUCCUGUCUGGAUGUGGGCGUCGGUCUUCCUGCUGCCAUACCUGCAGCUCUUCCUUUUCCUGUUCUCCUGCACGAGAGCCGACCCUCGAGCCGUUGGCUACUGCGUGCUUCCUGUCUGCCUUGCCCUGCUGUGCAGCCGGCGUCACGCUGCCCGCAAACCGGCCAAUCUGAGAGGCUCGCCGCUCAUCGACACAUAGAGAAGUUGACCAAUCAGUGACAGAGGGAUGGGGCCAUUGGGGACGUUGAGGCCAUAAAACAAACUGAACUGCUUGUGUUGAUGUUUGUGAUGUCACUUCCUGUGUGCCUUUUAAUCAUGUAACAAACACUCCUGUUGGGUUUAAACCCCCCGCCCUGUCUGUCAGGACUAGAGUCAAAUUGCCCGGAGCUUGACUGUCAGGAUCUGGUCAGUUAUUUAUUACUGUCACAACACACAUAAUCCUGCGCUCUGAUUGGCUGUCUGUGGCCAGUUAGCAUCAGCACUGUUGCUAUGGUUAACUGCAGUUGGAAGUUCAACUGUUCAAGCAUGUUCAAUCUGAAAUCAGUGUCCAGGUUUAAUGACACACUGUGUGUCAGAGGUGUUCACCAAUCAGCAGUCACUCACUGAAAGACAUGAGCCAAUCAGCAGCAACGUGUCUGAACCUGCGGUGCGUUUGUAUAAUACAUCAGCGCGUUGAACGCACCUCAUUUUUGUUAAAUUAAUGUUUUGAUACAUACUGUUAGGUCUGAACGCAACCUGACAGCUGCGAGCCAAGCAGCCAAUCAGAUGACUGGUGUUUAAUGAGUCAUGUGACACAUGCUGGUUACCAUGACGACAUCAAUAAAAAUGACAGCAAAAGAA